UUGUGAAGCAACAAGGAACAGAUUGUGAAAGAGAGAGAGAGAGAGCAACAAAUCAUAGAAUAGAAUCAACGUCGACGCUGCAACACACAAAUAAUUUUUUUCAACAUUUUCAAACAGUGUCAUGUGGGAAUCGAUUCUAUUAACGGUGGCUGCAACCGCCGGAAACAACAUCGGAAAAAUCCUUCAGAAAAAAGGCACUAUCAUUCUCCCUCCUCUCUCCUUCAAGUUCAAAGUUAUUAGGGCUUAUGCUUUGAACAAAACUUGGUUGAUAGGUUUUCUGAUGGAUAUAUUUGGGGCAUUAUUGAUGUUAAGGGCUUUGUCUCUGGCUCCAGUCUCUGUCAUUCAACCAGUUUCUGGCUGUGGACUAGCGAUUUUGUCGAUCUUUUCUCAUUUUUAUCUCAAGGAAAUCAUGAAUGCUGUUGAUUGGGUUGGCAUUACCUUGGCAGGUUUUGGCACAAUAGGAGUUGGUGCUGGAGGGGAGGAACAAGAGGCGGCCGCUCUAUCUAUUUUUCACAUCCCAUGGCUGGCAUUUGUUGUUUUCAUCUUGUUUAUACUGCUUAAUGGAUGGCUUCAAAUAUACAAGCGUCAGCGAAGAGAACAAGAGAUGAUGGAAUACGAUGUUGUUGAAGAAAUCAUUUAUGGCUUGGAAUCCGGUAUUUUGUUUGGGAUGUCAUCUGUAAUAUCAAAGAUGGGAUUUCUAUUCCUUGAGCAAGGUUUUCCCAAGCUGCUGGUUCCUAUAUGCAUCAUGAUCAGUGUUUUUUUUAGUGGUAUCGGUUUUUACUACCAGACACGCGGUUUAAAGCAUGGGAGGGCUAUUAUAGUUUCUACAUGUGCAGCCGUGGCAUCAAUUUUGACUGGUGUACUUGCUGGGAUGCUUGCUUUGGGUGAGCGACUUCCAUCUGCACCGAAAGCUCGUCUAGCACUACUUCUUGGAUGGCUACUUAUAAUUGUGGGUGUGAUUUUGCUCGUUGGUUCCACACGGCUGGUGAGACUCCUUGCAUGUACUUCGCGACGAAAAAGAAGCAACGUCGAGAAGAAUUAUGGCCCUAGAAGAUCCACUUCUUCCCGCACAAGGGAGCCAAGUCCUAGUGCUGUCAUUCAAGCGGCAACAUUAAAUCAUCUCCUAUCAUCAUCUUCCAAAGAAAAAGCUUGACUUGACAAGAGCUGGAAAAUGUUCCUUCUUCUCCUUCACAAGAUUUCUAAGCAUUAAGCUGCUAAGGCCAUGGUGUAUGCUGUAUAUGUAAGUGGUUGCUUCGUCAGAGGGCGUGACAUUUUUUCUGGAAUCAUACCUUCUGGAUCAUAGUUUGGAUGAAGUAUCUGUUAGCUUUCUGAUGCUAUCUUGUAAAAUCUAUUCCUGAACUUUCACUAUGUUGGCCUUUGAUGAUUGUAUAUGACAGUGAUGGUGACAUACCAACACACAUAAUUUUUUUUUGGUUGGAAACUAAUUUUAAUAAUCAACAGUUUAUUCCUGUUGUGCAGUAGUGAUCUUUGAAUAUAGGUGUUGCUUGUGUUGGAAUAAUGUCCUAAGGGUGCACUUCAUCCUCCAGAGAUAUCAUUGAGGCAAAA